AUGGGAAUCCAUGCUGUUAGCGUCAUGCUAGAGGCUCUCAAUAGAGAUGCCCAACAAGCUACUAUCGCCAAAUUCAUUCAAAAUGAACUUGACGCUGAACGCAAGAAAGUAGCCUUGCUUCACCAACAAGGUUCUCAACAAUCAGAUUUGUUGAGAAAACAGGGUGCUCAACAGUUUGAACUGUUGAGACAGCAGCAGGCUGCUGCUGGUGGGUCGAUGCACUCGCGUCGACCCAAGACCUUGAAGAUUGACAUCUCCAAGUACAAAGCAGUCGAAGAGGACUCCCUCUUGAGACGGUUCGUCGAGUUAGACGACGCCAUAAGGGCGCGUCGCAUCGACGACGGGGAUAUGCAAGUUGCAAUUGCCCAAUCAAAUCUGGCAGGACGUGCCAAUACUUGGGCUUUGGGGCGCAAGUUGCACGACCCAUAUGCGUUUGGGUCGUUAGAAGUCUUCAAGUCGCGGCUUAAACAAACCUUUGAACCGCCUAGAGCUGAGUUCAGAGCUCGAACCGAACUCUUGAAGCUCAAACAGGGUAAGCGUGAUGUGCACGCUUACGCACAACAUAUACGACAUCUCACGAGUUGUAUAAGUUCCAAUCCGGUGGAUGAACACACGUUGGUUUCGGUGCUCAUGCAGGGUCUUGCGGAUGGUCCCGUCAAGACUCGCCUGUUCCGACUUGAACUAGAUUCACUAGAACAAGCCAUUACCAUUGUGGAAUAG